AUACUAAUAAAACAAAACAUAUUUUUCUUUAUUUUAAAAAAUGACCUUUUGUGGUCUUCUCAAUUUGCUAUUUCAAGGCUCCUUGUGAUGUUUCCUUCCUUAUGAACGCCACUGAGGCAUAAUGAAGGAACAAGUGAUUCCAGUUUGUGCAGGCCUUACCUCCGAAUUUCACAUUGUCCGUCCAUGUAGCAUUCAGUCUCCACCGUGAUUUUGUUGCUAUUGACGGUGUGCUAACAACAAUGUUGCUGUAAAGGGGUUGGCAUCCCGUGCCUCCAGAGCCUCUGACUGCAUCGCAUGUAGACACCUAUGAUUUAAAGACCGGUGUAGGAGACUAAUCCUGAAGCUGCAGCUGUUAGAUGAGACCACUUCAAUGACCACUUAUCAGUGUUUCGACUCAACCUAAGUCAGUAAGUCCAAGUCAGUGCCUGGAACGUGACUUCUCUCUAGGAGGACUGUCGCAUACCUGUGGUUAGCUAAGAAGAUACCUGGAGAGAUGGGGCUUAGGCCUGGUGCAAGCCUGGACGACAGCCAUCAGCACUGACCUGGCAUAUGCUCUCAUAUCUGACCUAACUGUGUGCGCCCUCAUCCUUGGGGUCUGGUCGUAAAGCUUAGCUCAGCUCAGCUCAGCUUAGGGCAGAUAGAUCACAAAAUCACGCAGGAUAAAGAGAAACUCCAUGUUACAUUUCCUGUUGGCCUGCUUUAUGCCUUCUGUGUGUUUCCUCCUAUGAGGGUUGAGGUGCUCUGUGUUGAUUGGCACAUGCUGGACACAGGCUCCACUGAGAGUAGCAAUGCCACAUAUCUGCAACAGAGUAGAGCAGAGUGGUGCUUCUAGCUGAGACAGACUGUAUUGCAUGAUGUGGAAACCAAAGGGGGCCAUGUGCUCUGUAAUGGCACAGUCUGAAUACUUUGCAUAUGGACAGUUUAGAGGUAAGUGGGGGGCAAGCCAGGGUAGAUAGAGUCAGCAGGGAUGAGCAGCAAAGUCUGUAUAAAUGGGUGCCUGUGUGUACAUGUCUGAUUCUUUGUGAAUAUUUAGCAUGGCAUAAACACAAUGUGAAACGAUGCCAGUAUUGUGCUGUUGUUGUGGAAUUGAUGAUUGAAAUGAUUGAACAAAAGUCCAAUGGCGCUGGAGCUUUGUUAAAGUGCUUCUGCAGAGUGCACUCACUGCUUACACCCAGCAUGUCUGUUGGGUGAUGUCAAAUAAAGAGCCAAAAGCAGGUGGCUCCCUCUGUUGGGGAAAAAAGUAUUGCAAUAUAUAUUUUGUACAAAUGUAUUUUUUGGACUAAUCAAUUGAAAUUGUCCAUAUUUGUGUUGACUUUUUUUUAUGGGAAUUGCUGGUACAUCUUUAUUGUAAUGUGAUGAAAGCCUUCAGUUCAGCAGCUUGAACAUGUGCCACGUACGUUUAUCAUGUACAGGAUGUGUAUCUAUCCUUAAAGACAGAGUUUAUUUUCCCUCUGCAUGUCCAUUUCCUUCCCGACUUCUAACCUGCCAACACCAGCUUCUGAAUGAAGCCGGAUAUGGAGCACAUUAAUUGUUAGUUUCCCUGCUGCAUCUAAAAGAACAGCUUGUUCUUUUCUGCUGGAGCAAACAUGGAGACAUGGUUGAUGGAUUAUAGGACAGCCAUUCAGAUAAUUAGCACAAUGGCCGUCCCUCCUUCAUACUCAGACUUGGGCAAGGCUGCCAAGGAUAUAUUCAGCAAGGGCUAUGGCUUCGGUUUGGUGAAGCUGGACCUCAAGACCAAAUCACAAAGUGGAGUGAUGGAGUUCAACACAUCUGGCUCCAGUAACACAGACACGGGGAAGGCCUCAGGGAGUCUGGAGACCAAAUACAAGAUGAAGGAGAUCGGCCUGAGCGUCAACCAGAAGUGGAACACAGACAACACGCUGGGUACCGAGGUCACUGUGGAGGACCAGCUGGCUCAAGGACUGAAGGUCGCCUUGGAUACGUCUUUUGUACCGAACACGGGUAAGAAAAGCGGGAAGCUGAAGACGGGCUACAAGCGUGACUACGUGAACCUGGGCUGUGACGUGGACUUCGAGGGUCCCAUCAUCCACGCAGCCGCCGUGCUGGGCUACGAGGGCUGGCUGGCUGGAUACCAGAUGGCCUUUGACACGGCCAAGUCCAAACUGACCCAGAACAACUUCGCCCUCGGAUACCGGGCUGGAGAUUUCCAACUGCACACCAACGUUAACGAUGGGACUGAGUUUGGCGGCUCGAUCUAUCAGAAGGUGAACGACGAGCUGGAGACGGCGGUCACUCUGGCCUGGACCGCUGGCAGUAACAACACUCGCUUUGGCAUUGCCGCCAAAUACAAGCUGGACAAAGAUGCUUCUCUGUCUGCCAAAGUGAACAAUGCCAGUCUGAUCGGAGUCGGGUACACUCAGAGUCUUCGACCAGGUGUUAAGGUGACCCUCUCAGCCCUGAUCGAUGGGAAGAACUUCAACGCCGGCGGACACAAAGUUGGGAUGGGCUUCGAGCUGGAAGCAUAGACGGGAAAAAUCCGACAUUCCGACAAGGAACAAAAAAGCCCUCGAUCAACGCCACCACACACUCCUCUGCCCCGCCCCUUCCUUCACACAACACACCGCCUCAUGUAGCCUCCUCACACACUUCAUGAGCAUUUCUGACAGAAAGAGUCGAGUCUCAGCAUCGUGUUACAGAAACCCGAGAGGAGCCGUGAGGCCGAACCCUGAAAACUGAUGGCGCAUAUUUAGGAAUUAUUCUGGUUUUUAUUGAUAUUGAAGUAUUUAUUUCCCUGUAGGUCUUGAGAGAAGUAGUCGUUGUUGUAAAUGUUUAGCUCUUCUGUCGUUCCUGCCUUCCUUAAAGCAUGUGAGAAAGAAAACAUGGCUGCAGAGCUGAAGGCGUUGGUUUAAAAAUGGUGCUGAGUGUCUGUUUUUUGUUCAUUUUGUGUUGGCUUGAACACGUUUUGCUGCAGUGUGGACUAUUUAAUCCACAUAAAACACAUUUCAUGAAGGAGUUACCGUUGAAAUGAAGGGUAUAUAAGCUUGCACUGCUUUCCAGGAACGCUUCGAGUCGCUGUAGAUGCUCUGAAAUGAUCUUUUAAUCCUUUGUGACUUGUUUUGGUAGGUGAAAUCAAUGUAGUGGAAUCUUCUGGUAGCCUGUGUAGUUAGUUUGCAUUUCUACGAUGUUGUUUUCAUCUAUCCGUCUGUCUCAGCUCGGCGGUCGCAGAGAAAUGGAGGAUACGUCGCAUCUGCUCGGACUGUGUCGUAGGUUCAGGCGUCUUUAUUUGCCGUUUCCUAAUGUUGCUCGGGGAUUGCACUCGUUGCUGUCAGCGCUCUCGUCUUGGUAAAACAAACCUCCACUCCUCAGAUCUGUACAUAAAAACAGCUUGAUUGUCCUCUGAGUCAUCAUAGGAUUUUAUUCCAGGUCGUCUCCCACUUGACUCUCCUGCUUUAUUUAUUUAUGGUAAUCAUGACGAUGUGUUUUUUUCCAUCUUAUUGUGUUAUCAUGAUUACAACGCUCAUUUUCUUUGUCACUUAGACACAGUACCUCAUUUUUUCCAAUGUCAAUUAAGGGAAUUAUAAUAAUAAACAUGAAAAACCUC